UUUUCUUUCCGUUUCCACCCAUCUUCUUCUUAGCUCUCUCCUUAUUUACAGUUUCAUCAUCUGAUCUACUUCUGUCAUUCCUUUUCUUCUAUAUAUACUUAAGGUUGACUGCUUCCUUCAUUCAUUUCUGCAAGCUGUUUGAGUAUUUUGUUGAAUUACAUAUCUUUGAAGUUUCUUCAUCAAUUACUGGAGUAGAUCUGAUGCUGCACUUCCUGGGAUUCUGACAUCUAUGCUGGCUGGGAUUUCAUUAUUCAGUGUGUCAAAAUUUGAUUGUGGAAGCCUGGGCUUAACUUGGAUACAUCAGCAUAUCUAGAGGAAUAUGGAAAGCCAAUCAAAGACUCACAAGCUUCGAAUAGUUAAGUGUCCUAAAUGUUGGCUGCUGCUUCCGGAGCCUACAGAUGUUGCUGUAUACCAGUGUGGUGGAUGUGACACUGUGCUACGAGUAAAACCUCGGAAAGAUGGUGCCAAAAGCACAGCCUCAGGUUCAUAUGGGAUAGAUGCAGCUAAGACAAAUGAGUUCCAUCAUGCUAGUUCUGAAUCUAUCAGCUCUAGUCAGAAUGAAAUUCUUUUGUCCUCAGGAGAAAUUUCUUUGGACCAAAACAAUGGGAAGGAUCAAUGCAUAUCCACUGAUUGCAGUAUUGAGAAGUUUGCAGGUGUAAACUCAUCGGAUGAAGAUCGAAAUAAUGGGAGUGAUAAUCUUGAAUCUCAUGAUUGCGAUAUUGAAAAGUCUGGAGUUUCCAAUGAAUUGUGUUCAUCAACCGGGCAUGCUGUUCAUGAGAAUGAAGAGUUAUCAUCAUUAACUGAACCAAAAUCAGAAGCAGAGGUAAAUAAUGAGAGCUCACUUCCAGUGGAGGAAAAGACAGAAGUUGAAGUUGACAAUGGGAGUGGCUCAACUUCCAGAAUACUGAGUACUGACAACACAGUGGUGAGAAUGAGAAUCGAUUCAGCUGUUACUUCUUAUAGAACAGCAGGGGAAAGCAUUUCAUCAGAAAUUCUUACUUCUUCUCCUGAUGAACAUCAGGAGCAACUUCAGAUGAGUGCUAAUGAUUGUUGUAGCCCUCUAAGGUCUAAUGCUCCUGUUGAAACAACAAAUUUCAGUUCUGAGCUUAGUGGUAACCUUGAAUGUUUGUCCAAAUGCCCAACAAACAGAAGCUCCCAUGCUUAUGAUGGCAGUGUCUCUUCUUAUGAUGGAAUUGAUGAUGAUCCAUAUAAAAAUGCUUUCAAGGUUCAGAACUCAAUUGCUGAUGAAAAAAGGUCCAGCACAGACAACUUCCAGACAAAUAGCAGUUCUGUACCGCAACAUCCAGAAAGAAAAUUUUCACCCGAUGUAUCAAAUAAGAGGCACUACCCCUUGAACAGCAGGAAGUGGGAUCGCGAUGAGCUGCUAGAAUCUACAACACAUGACCGUGCUGUUAGAAACAGGACCAGAUUAGACAGAGAUGAGUUGUUGUCUUCAGUGACUUACUUUCAGAGGGAUUAUCCAGCUGGCUAUGAAAGUGGUGGCUCUUCUAGUCAAUUGCAUGAUGAAAUGCAUCUCCGUUCAAGUGAACAGGACAAGAUUAAACUGCUGAGAAUGGUUUACGAACUGCAGGAUCAACUUAACAGAAGAUGCUAUGUGAAUGAAAAGCCAAAUCAAAGGGGUUCCUCUGGAGUUUCAAUGAAGGAGGAAUAUAUUCCUCCCUACUAUAGUAGUGAGAUACCUGAGGAAAUUUCUCAGGACUUAAACUAUCAUAGUUACCUCGAAAGACGCAGGCAGGGAAGCAACUGGCCUAAUCUAUAUCAGGUAUCACGGAUACCAUUCCCAGGGGAGGCUACAAUAAAUAGACACCAUAUUGACAGCUGCUCAUGUAUCCAUUGCUGUCCCCAGGACUGGCAGUACUCAGCACAACUACCUGCACCCAUCAUUUCUCAUAACAAACGAGUUCAUUAUUUCCACCCUGGCCUCAGUUAUUAUAGUUCCCACAGGUCUUGUCCCUCGAGCCCUCGACAGUUUAUGGAUGAGUUCCCCAGAUGGAGUCGUGAAAUAAAGUCUGAUGACCAGAGGCAUGAAGAGCAUCAAAUGAAGAAGUUUAUGAGGGAGAAACAUCACCCAAUUAGGCAGCAUCUCCGACCCACAGCUGGUGGUGCACCUUUCUUAAUGUGUUAUGUUUGCUUGGAGACGCUGCAGCUACCUGCAGAUUUUAUCCUAUUCAAAAGGAGGUUCCAUCUGCUGAAGUGUGGUGCUUGUUCGGAGGUACUUAAGUUUUCCCUUGAAAACAGGAAACACAUAACUCACUAUACACCAAAUGCUGAAGGUCCCCCACCAAGUGAGAGUGAUGGCUGUCGUGAAGCUAUUACUAGAAGAAAUUCGGCUGUAUCUUCUUAUGGCUAUGAUGUUCCAUCUGCGGAUCCAGUGUCAUGUUCAGAUGACUACGGACUUUCAUAUUGUAAAAGCUACUCCACAGAUGGAGGUCCAGCCCCCACACCACAUCACAGCCUACAGGACAGUGUAGAUGCCAGAGGGAUACCGGGUGAUUUUACUGCAUCAAUGAAGGAGAGAAAGCAGCUUGUUCUGAAACAGUCUGGAAACAAAUAUAAGAAUCCUGUGAAAACAUACGAAUCAGCUGGUUCUUCCUCCAGUAAGUCCAUACCAGGGAAAAAAUCCUCAGAAAUUGAAGAGCUGCCAGCAAGAACAGGCUCUCCUCUUCAUCGGCUCAUGGGCUAUUCUUCACCAAGCCAGGUGAUAAGAGGGGGCACAAGCUCAUACUAUAUGCAAGCCAUUGGUUGGGAAAUGGACACGGGUUUCACAGAAUAAUUGCACAUAUUAAUGCGAUGAACCAAAUUCUCUUCUCAACCUGGAGGUGCAAGCAUUGAAGAGUGAAAGCAAUUGAAGCUGAUGGAAGUUUUAGCUUCUGGGAAUCUGAGAUCCAGAGAUAGAGCAAUUGUCACUAAAGUGUCUCAAGGUUUUCUUUAACCCAAAUAGAUCUUUACUAUCUUUCUUCUUUACAUUUACAGGUUCCAAUAGCAUAUGACGAGUCUAAGUUUCACAAUGUAAAUUACAAGCAGAAAAUGAAGAUUUUGGUGUGAACUAAACAUGAUUCCUAUUUGAUUUGUUUAAUUUUGGAAUGUACAGUCUAUUUUUAUUAUUAUUUAAACAUGUAUAAUGUGUAUUAGUAAUUUAUAAAAGUUGUAGAAUCAUACGUACA